AAUAAAAGACGACGAAGUGUUUUAUUUUUUCAUCAGGAAAUUAUAAUCUACAAAAAUGUUUUCAAUAAAAUAUUUGUUACUUUGAAAUGAUCUUAAAACUUCGUUUAUAAUAAAAAAUUAUAUAGAAAUAUCGACUUGUGAGUAAGCUAAUAUUGAUUUCUUAAGUAAGGAACUGUAUGGGAUGAGGAUUAAGGAUUAUGGAAGGAUAAAGGAUUAAGACGCACAAGGGCAACAAGCCGGAUGUGUGUUAAAAGGCAAAAGUCUAAUCGCCCUCCUAUUGGGUUAUUGACUGGGCACGUGACCUACCGAUCAUGUCUCUUCCGGCGUUAAGACUUUUUCGCGUUCAGAGUUCGCUAUGGAAGGUUGCAGACUGAACCAUGUACAAGUGUACAAAAGAAGACAAGGAGGUUUAGGAUUCGGAGUUCGACCCGGACCCGGUUCGCGAACCCUAAUAGUUUCCGAAUUAAUUAAGGGAGGAGAAGCUGAGAUAGGAGGUCUAGUGCAUCCCGGAGAUCUUAUUUUAAAAGUAAACGGGGUGGACCUUACUCAGACUCCUUAUUCUCAAGCACUCGAAAUUUUAAAAUCGGUUCCAGCCGAGACUAUGGCUCAAUUGGUGGUUGGGACUCCUCUUACUUUCGAUUCCGAUCCGAAUAGAAGUAAAGACGAUAAAGAAGUUCAAGUGAAUGGUAUCAUUGAUUGGGCAGUUCAGAAUUCGGCCGAUUCCGAAUUAAAGGUACCACUUCAGGUGUCAGAGGUCAAAAAUAAAUCUCCAGAAAGACCAACAUCCCUUUCACCGAGUCCAGAGUCCAAAUCUUCCAGUACAAUGACGUCUCCGUGCAGACGUCCGAUUCGCCUACGACAUAUCUCUACGGGUCAUACAAUACUCGAUUCUUUACAUCAGAAAUGCACUGAACCUGUUCAGUGUACAAGUUCGGUUUGUGCUGGAUCAUUAAUGAGCACACCUUCUAAAAGACCGCCAGGUACUGCAAGGUGUAAAGAAGAAGUAAUCGAACAAGCUAAAGCAUUCUUUGAUCAAUACUAUCUCAGUAUUAAGAGAUAUAAUUCGACUCAUCACAAGCAAAGACUUUCGGAAGUCGUAGCUGAAAUAUCGGAGAGAGGAACAUACGAGCUAAAAGAAACUGAAUUAGUUUAUGGUGCUAAAUUAGCUUGGAGAAAUGCUCCAAGAUGUAUCGGUCGAAUUCAAUGGUCGAAAUUACAGGUAUUCGAUGCCAGAUACACAGUCACUGCAAGAGACAUGUAUGAAGCAAUAUGCACUCAUAUAAGAUAUGCUACUAAUAAAGGAAACAUAAGAUCAGCAAUCACCAUUUUCCCUCAAAGAACAGACGGGAAGCAUGAUUAUCGCAUUUGGAAUAGUCAAUUAAUACAAUACGCGGGCUAUCGUCAGAGUGAUGGAAGCAUUGUGGGUGAUCCCAUAAAUGUAGAAUUUACGGAAAUUUGUCAAGAUUUAGGAUGGAAAGGAAAAGGAGGAAGAUGGGAUAUUUUACCUCUAGUGCUGUCAGCAAACGGACACGAUCCGGAAUAUUUUGAAAUUCCUGAAGACCUGAUUCUACGAGUAAACAUUAGUCAUCCAACUUACGAAUGGUUUAAAGAAUUAAAUAUUCAAUGGUAUGCACUUCCUGCUGUAUCUAAUAUGUUGUUUGAUGUGGGCGGAAUUGAAUUUCCAGCAGCACCUUUUAAUGGUUGGUAUAUGGUCACUGAAAUUGGUUCCAGGGAUUUUGGAGAUCCUCAUAGAUAUAAUAUAUUAGAGGAAGUUGCCAUAAAGAUGGGUUUAGAUACGAGAUCGCAUUCAACUCUUUGGAAAGAUAGAGCAGUGGUGGAAGUUAAUUUUGCAGUUUUGUAUAGUUUUCAGAGAGAUAAUGUAACAAUUAUGGAUCAUCAUGGAGCAUCGGAAUCUUACAUGAAGCAUUUGGAUAAUGAGAUUCGUUUGAGAGGAGGCUGUCCAGGAGAUUGGGUAUGGAUUGUACCUCCAUUAAGUGGAAGUCUCACUCCAGUUUUUCAUCAAGAAAUGCUUUACUAUCAAUUAAAACCGAGUUAUGAAUAUCAGGAAGCAGCUUGGCGAACUCACAUUUGGGAGAAGGAUCGAGAGAAAAAUACGAGCCCGAAACCUCCUAUUAGAAAAUUUCGUUUUAAAGAAAUUGCCAGAGCUGUUAAAUUCACUUCAAAUUUAUUCGGAAAGGCUUUAUCUCGUCGGAUUAAGGCAACGAUAUUGUAUGCUACUGAAACUGGAAGAUCAGAGCAAUAUGCCAAAUUAUUAGGAAAUAUAUUUUCACACGCUUUUAAUGCCACAGUUGUGUGUAUGGCCGAUUACGAUAUAAUCAAUUUAGAACACGAAGCGUUACUUCUUAUUGUUACAAGUACUUUUGGAAAUGGCGAUCCUCCUGAAAACGGAGAAGCAUUUGCUAAGAAUUUACAAGCUAUCAAAGUUACUGGAGACACAACACCUGAUAUCACAUACGUCAGGAGUACCUCCAUGUCGUUUGUAAGGAUGAAUAGCAUCAGUACCGAUUUAGAGGAGGAUUCUCUACCUUCACCCAGUCCAGAUGUUGACAUUGGUCCUCUUAGUAAUGUUAGAUUUGCAGUAUUUGCUUUGGGUUCGAGUGCUUAUCCAAAUUUCUGCUGCUUCGGAAAAUGUUUGGAUAAUUUGUUGACCGAUUUAGGAGGAGAAAGGAUUCUUAAAAUGGCAACUGGAGAUGAAUUAUGUGGACAGGAACAAUCGUUUCGCAACUGGGCAAGGCAUGUAUUUCAGGUGGCUUGUGAUGUAUUUUGUGUGGGAGAUGAAGUAAACAUGAACGAUGCCACGGCAACAUUGAAAUCCGACACUUCUUGGAUUCCUGACCGAGUACGUUUGCGAGUGAUUAAUACUCCAGAAGUAGACAUAUCUCGAGGUGUUGCUAAAGGAACCAACAGACCAGUGACUUCAUGUUUUUUGGAAGAGAGGGAAUUACUCCAUUCGGAGACAGAAGAUCGACAAACCAUUUUGGUGAAAUUAAACAUGGAACAUACGGGACUGUCAUUUCUUCCUGGUGAUCACAUUGGAAUCUAUCCAGCUAAUAAGACAGAAUUAGUAGAUGGAAUUUUGCAAUUUAUAAAUGAAACCUGUCCUAAUCCUGAUGACGUCGUACAAGUUGAACAUCUUACUCCCGUACAAACUUUAGAUGGCAUUCAAGAGAAAUGGGUGAAACACGAGAAAAUGCUUCCGUGUACAGUACGGACUGCUAUUACUAGGUAUUUAGAUAUUACUACGCCACCAGGACAACAGUUAUUAGGUUUGUUAGCUACAAUGGCAACGGAUGAUAAAGAUAAGAAAAAACUAGAAAUAUUAUCAAAAGAUGCCGGAAAGUACGAAGAUUGGAAAUCGUAUUAUUAUCCAAACUUUUUGGAAGUUUUGGAAUAUUUUCCUUCUAUAAUGCUCACUCCAGCUUUUAUUCUCACUCAACUCCCUCCUCUUCAACCUCGUUUUUAUAGUAUUAGUUCUUCAAGGGAUGCAUUCCCUACUCAAAUUCAUGUCACUGUUGCAGUAGUGAAAUUUAAAACUCAAGAUGGUACUGGCCCAAUACAUUAUGGAGUAUGUUCUAAUUAUUUACGAGAUACUCUUGAAAACAGUAAAGUGGUUUGUUUUGUAAGAAGUGCACCAAAUUUUCGGUUACCCGAUAAUAUUGAACUUCCUGUGGUUAUGGUCGGUCCUGGUACAGGAAUAGCACCAUUUAGAAGCUUCUGGCAACAAAGACAGUUUGAUAAGAGUAAAGAAUCAUCUUUAGUGAAUAAAAAUUUUGGAAAAAUGUUCUUGUUCGUGGGAUGUAGGCGCCCUUCAGUGGAACUUUACCGAGAAGAGACAAAAUUAAUGAAGGAUUCAAAGAUUUUAACCGAUAUCUACACCGCCUAUUCUCGAUUACCCAACGAACCUAAACGCUAUGUUCAAGAUAUAAUUAGGGAAGUCGGAUCACUUAUUUAUGAUUUAAUUAUACAACAAAAAGGGCACUUUUAUGUUUGUGGAGAUGUUAGUAUGGCUGAGGAUGUAAGGCAAACAUUAAGGAAUGUCAUACAAGAAUACGGUUGCAAUAGUCAACAAAAUGCAGAAAACAUAAUGAUAAGUUUACAGGACGAAAAUAGGUACCACGAAGACAUUUUCGGAAUAACUUUAAGGACCGCUGAAGUUACCAGCAGAGGUCGAGCCGAAGCCAAAAGCAGAAGAGUUCCUAGUUAAUGUUUCCAAAGUACAUAUGUUUUACCAUUUUCAUUUUUCUCACUUGGAAAAAACAUUUCCAAAGAGAGAAAGAACUUUUCCCUCAACAUUGAGAUUAUUCAUUUGUGUGUUUCAAAUAUACAAUAUUUUCUUUGUAAUUGCUUCUGUUUUAUUCAAUACAAAAAAUUAAUAAAGGUUAUGAAAGUGUCUAAAAUUUUGAAAAGAACAUUAAAAUUUCUAAUUUAUUUGUCAAUUUUAUCUCUUAUCUAUUUAAGGUAUC